AUGUAUCACUACAGCGAUAUCGAACAAUUGAAGAGCUUACGCGACAGCGGCUUCAAUUGGGAGUCGGGAAAAGAGCGCUUGGCUUUUUUCAGUAAGCUCAAUACUUUGAUAUUCAAUUGGAAAGACCCGCUCCCGGAUGUCCGAGAGAUCUUUCGUCCCAGAGAGAUCGACGAGCUCAUCAUCGAGUCCAUGAAAUGCGUGAGGAAACCCGGACUCAUCCGAUGGCCGUUUAUCUCGGUGGUCAAAUUCUUGAUCAAAACCGGCUACGAGGACGAACCGGAGCUCGAUGAAGACGGCGAGGUAAUUUUGCUGCGGACCACACCGCUGCAUUACGCGGCGAGCGACGUCCUCCUGUUCAGCUUCGCGAUCGGCCAUCUGUUUCGAAUCUAUCCCAGAUUCGACGCGAACUACGCGAGCGAGUCGGGCUUGACUCACUUGCACGUGGCGUGCAUGUUCAAGAGCUGCGAGCGAUUCGUCAAGGAAUUUCUCGACAACGGCCAAGAUUCCAAUCUUCCGUGUCGGGGAAAGGGCGAAACGCCUCUGCACUUGGUGGCGCAGUGGGGCGAGAAGGAAAUCAUUCACUUCCUGCUGAUGAGAGGCGCCGAUCCACAGUUGACCAACGCCGAGGGAGAGACGGCUUUGCACGACCUGUGCAAGAGAAGCCGCGACGAUCUGGUAGAGAUGUUCUUGAAAGUCAACAAACAAUUCAGCAAGUCGAUCAAUAUCGACGCCGUGGACGAUUGGGGUCGGAUACCUCUGCUGGUGGCUCUGAACCGUAGCGACAAGAAGUCGGCCUUGCUGCUGCUGAAGAAAGGCGCCAAGUCGAAUGCGGCCGACGAGAUGGGAUUUACAGCACUGCACCUGAUGUGCCGGAGAAAUUACGACAUCAAAUCGAUCGAGGAGAUUCUCGACGCCAUGGCCGGCGACUGUCCGGUCAACGCCCGGGACUUGAAAGGACGAACUGCUUUGCAUUACGCAUUGUACCACGCCGACAAGGACGUGAUCGAGCUGUUGCUGAGACGAGGCGUGGAUCCCAACACGCCCGACAACGAGGGAAUCACCGCCAUGCACUGCAUCAGCCGGAGACGACUACCCGCCGACGACUUGGCCAAGACGCUGCUCAGAGUCUGCGGCGAAAUCGAUCGUGUGGUGCAGAUCGGCUUCAGGGACAAGGGGUGCCGUACACCGCUCGAAUGGGCCGUGGCGAAUCAUCAGCCGCAUCUGGUCGAGAGACUCCUGCAGCGUAGCAAGAAGGUGGAACGAAAAAGAAAAAAUGAGAUCCCAACAAGCAAAAAUUUUUAG